AUGCGUAGUCCCAGGGGAUCAAUUCCGUCCACAACAACAGAAAACAGCCCUGAUAAUAAAAUUAGGGGCCCGGAAUGUGCACAAUACGAGACAGCUCAACAGAUCCGCGCAGGACACUCGGUCCCUAUUUCUUUACGUUCUGCAGUGCCCAAUACCGAUGUAUCAUCUGAUGGGACGGGAACGUAUACUAGCGAAAAGCCGUCCUUUCCGUUCCAGCUAUCCCAGUAUUUUCUCACGGAGCUGGAUCCUAGACGUGCAGAUGUCAUCCUCAUUCUGUGUGGUUUCGUUGGCGGCCUAGUGGACGGUCUGUCUUUCAAUGCGUGGGGAAGCUUCUCGAGUAUGCAAACAGGAAACACCGUUUUCAUUGCGCUGGGUGUGUCCGGUCAACCUGAGUAUCCAGCCUUCCUGUGGGCAAAGUCCCUCAUCGCCUUAAGCGUCUUCCUCUCGAGCAACGUCUUCUUCAUCCACCUUGGCCGCGCACUAAAAACACUACGACGGUCCACACUGAUUCUUUCAUUCGGACUACAGACCGCUGCUCUUAUCGUUUCAGCAAGCGUGGUCCAGGCCGGGAUCGUUAGCCCCAAACCAGAAGACCCCCGGGCACCUAUCCACUGGAAUCAAAUCAUACCAAUAACGCUUCUUGCAUUUCAGGCAGCGGGCCAGAUCGUUGCAUCACGCCUUUUGGCUUUUGACGAGAUUCCGACCGUUGUUCUCACGACCCUUCUCUGUGAUCUAUUAGUCGAUACUAAUCUCUAUACACGGCCGUGGUCGGCGAACCCUAAGAGAAACAGGCGAAUCGCCGCUUUCUUGGCGCUGUUUUUAGGCGCCAUGACGGCAGGUGGUCUUUCCAAGACCACAUCGAUGGCAAGUGGUUUGUGGCUUGCGGUUGCUUUGAAGGGCUCUAUCACCCUGUCGUGGUUUGUUUGGAGAGAUACCUCUGGUGCUGUAACGCCGAAACAAAGCUCUGAGGAAAGCCCGGUCUAG